GUGAAACAGAGUUUGGCGCGGUUGCUCUGCUAGUCCGGUUAGGGACUUUGGUCACAACCGAAACUACGAACACGAUUCCUAUCACACGCGCCAAUGUCUUAGAUGGUAACAGCAAUAAAAGCAACAGAAAUGGAUGUGGUGAUAUUAAUAGCAGUAAUAGGAGAGAUCAGAGAAACGGGUCAAUAGAUUUCUUGAUGUUGUCUGACCACCUUGGUGGAUAUAUCGAUAUCAUCUCAUCUCAAGAAUCGACCUUCAUAACUCCUCCUCCUAGUCCUUCAUCAAUAUCAACGUCGAGUCGAAGCAAUAUUGACCCAUCAAUAGAACAGCAUAAAAUCAUCACCUCCUAUGUUCCUAUUAGUACGCAUAAUACUGAUCCUGCUGCAACAUCACUAUCAAUAAUAAUACCAACAAUAGAAGUAGCUGCAGGAAAUAUAACAACAAAAACAGCAGCAGCAGCAGAAGGAGUAGAGGCAGAUCUAAACAGACGCAGGGGAAAACCUCUGCUGCAGCUGCAACAACUACAGCGACAACAAGCACAGUACCAGCAGGAAAACGCAGGGGCGGGCAUGUUUGCCAAACGUGAUGGUGAUGAAGAGGAAGAUAAAGAGGGCCACCGGGAUCAGUGCCGGGAUAAUAUGGUAGCAGGCUCAAAUCGAGAAUGUAAUAGCGGUAUAAGCCUUGCUAAUGAAGAUUCAGACAUGACCUCUCCAACUCGACAUCCGAACGAAUCAUUACCCAAUUCCGCUUCAACAAGAAGAACAACUGCCUCAUCUGGAUCAACAACGCAAGGACGCCGCAAGAUUGCAGAAUCAAGCAUGAUUCUCGGUGGCGGAGCUGGCACAUCGACCAUGUCUGGCAAUGGAGGAGGAGGUGAUGGAUCGCUCUCUCCAGCUUGGUCCAUGACCUCGAUCCCUCGAGAUAUAAGUGCUUUCUAUGGUCAACAUUACAUGGAGCAAGGAGGAGUUACAGAAAUUACUCCAACAGCACCGGUGGACGAGACGCUCUAUGGUCUUGUUGAUAGAUACGGUUUCUUAGUCGAGGAAGGACGGACACCGACAGCAGACAGGGAUAGUGCACACUCCUCCACGCCAUCAAUGUCGCGAAGGUCUGUGCGAGCAUCGAUUGAACCCAAGAUCCACGCAAAAAUGAUUGAGAAAGAACAGGAACGGAGCCUGAAGUGGGCCAAGAUGGCGCGGCAAUAUACAUCUGCUGCAAUGGAGACCGAAUACACGUUUACCAACAACUCAAAAUUCGUUAAAAGGGUUUACAAAGGCAUUCCUGAUUGUUGGCGAGCAGCAGCAUGGAGCUUUCUCAUCACCAAGCGAUCGUCUGGCUUUGAGCCUAAUAUCCGUCAAAUAUACCAUAAUAUGUUGGAGAUUUCUUCACCAGAAGAGGAGCAAAUCGAUCUUGACAUCCCACGGACGAUGCACGGUCAUAUCAUGUUCAGAACGCGCUAUGGUCCAGGGCAAUGUUCACUUUUUAAGGUGUUGAAAGCGUACUCCAACUACAACCAUUGCGUCGGGUAUUGUCAAGGCAUGGCUAGUAUUGUUGCAACUAUGCUGACAUUUUUCGAUGAAGAGAAAACCUUUGUGCUAUUGGCGCAGUUAUUCAGUCGAUACGGUAUCAAUGAUUUAGUUAUCCCUGGAUUUCCAGCACUGUUUGAAGCAUUCUAUAUUCAGGAGGAGCUUACAAAAAUCUAUGCACCACGCGUUUUCGAAGCCUUGCAAGCGAUGGGUAUUGCAACAGCAAGUUACGCAUCACGCUGGUAUAUCACUCUUUACUCCGCAGGUGUUGUCCCACAUCGUACAUUGCUUAGGAUUUGGGACGUUUUCCUGCUGGAAGGCUUUGAUUGGCUUUACUUCAUGGCACUAGCUCUGUUGAAGUAUUAUGAAUCAUCAUUGAUACAAAAGAAUUUCGAACAGACGAUGGAGAAACUGAAUGCAAAGAUGGAUAUUCAGGAUGACGACCUCUUGUUGAAAAUUGCCCAGAAACUACUUAAGCAAGCACGACAGACGGGCAUUGUAGCCAAGCUUAGGGCGAGAUAUGCUGCUAGUCAACAGAGGACGGCUAGUACCGCCAGGCCAACACCGGUCGCCUCAUAGCAAGGAAUACAGUUCAAGCAAACAGAAAUGACCUCUCGACCCCUUGACGACGACAGGGGUGAAGAGAGAAUAAGAUUCCCACAUUAUUAUUUGAUUAUGACACUAAUGCGUAACAUCUUAAUCCUUCUACCUAAUUAUUUUCUUACUACUCACUAACUUUUAUGCCAUCACUGCAAGAGUUUUGAUUAUGAAACGGUAUCGACCUAGUUAUUUUUUAAUUUUUUAUUUUUUUCUUGCCAUUAUGUUCUCAUGUCCCUAUUCCUGUUAACCGUUGACACCUCAACUUAGCCAUGAAAAGUCAAUCUAUCGAU